AUAGCAAAUGUGCAUAAAGCCUUUGAUAGUUGAAUCUAAUAAACUCUACAUAAUGACGUUAUUUACUUAACCUAAUGAAAUUUGCUGGUAGUGCUUAUUAUACUUUAGUUUUUACCAAUAUUGUGUUUCAAUGCAGGACUUUAUUCAUGUAGUUUAAAGGAGAAGAUUAGCUUUUUUUUUAGAUUUGUAUGAAAUAUUUAUGAAAGCCAGAAACCAAAUGUCAUAAAGGGUUCAGUCUGAGUCUGGAGCUGCUCCGUACACAAUGAAUGGGAGACUUAUUUAGUGGACCCACAGAAUGUUUGUUAUUUUAAACCUAAAGCUUUAUUCUAGUGUUCUCAAUUGUGUAACACAGAAUGUACUACAUCCCUCUUAGGGCUCUCAGUUUCCCACAGACAUGAUGACAUCACAUAUUUUAGUUUCAGCACACUAUUUUGGGGAGAUUUUGGAGGGAGUUGUUCAAUGUUCCUGUGAAUAAUGACUUCUAAAAUCUGAUCUAGAUCAGGAUAUCUAUACCAACAAGUUAAACCACUGUCUGUGUUAAGCCCAUACAGCUGUCAUUCAUGAAAUACAUUUACAUUUUAUUUUAAGUUUUUUCUUCAACUUAGAAAUCAAAGCAAUUUUGAAAUACAUACAGCACCAAAAACUAAAUAUAGGAGUGUGCAUGUUAUCCAUUUUUACACCCCCUCCCACCCCCUGUACAUUGCAAGACCACAGUAAUAGUACAACAAAAAUUAAUCAAUAUAAUAUAAUAAACAAAGAAAGUGUUGAAAUACCACAAAAUUACUCUGAAAAAUUACAAAAAAGACGAAUAAAUAAUAAUAAUAAUAAAUAAGUUAUAACAGUUUAGAUAUUAUCAUUAUCGACAAACAAUAAACUAUGUUUUCAAACAUAUAUCAGCCGAUUCAUCAUAAACUCAUUCACAUAUAGUCAUGUGAAAAGGUCGAGGUACAUUUUAAUAUAGAUAGAAUCGGAGGAUGAAGCCCUCUUUAUUAGUCACAUACAUGCACACAGCAGAGCACACACAGUGAAAUUGGUCCUCUGCAUUUAACCCAUCCUAGUACUAGGAGCAGUGGGCAGCUAUCGUGCAGCGCCCGGGGAGCAAUGGGGAGGGGGGAUUGGAGGUUUCCGGUGCCUUGCUCAAGGGCACCACAGCAGGGCCUAGGAGGUGCACUGGGACCUCUCCAAGUAGCAGUCCACCUUCCAUAUUUCAAGUUUGUUUGGGGACUUGAACCGGCGGGCCUACGAUUCCCAGUCCAAGCCCCUACUGACUGAGCCACUGCUGGACUGUAUUGGUGUCUAUAUAAGAGUAGACAGUUUCAGCAUUUUCCUGUAUGUUCAAAAUUAGAUGAGCCUGUGUGUUCUGGAUGAGGAGAACUUCCACCUCUGCUGUCAGCUCCUCCUGCAGCUGUCGGAGCAGCUGGGGGACGGCUGGAGCUGGGAGGGGGGACAGAGCCUGCUGGGCUCCAGGAAUAUUACUGAUGGUUCUGAUCCGGCUCAGGGUUCUCAGGAGGGUUACCUGAGGAAGACUGCUCUCAGGUCAGUGGUCAUCGACUCCAGCUCAGUGUGGGACUAUGAAGGAGGCUGGUCAGACACUUCCUGUCAAUCACAGUCUGAGCAGCAGGAAGGGGAACAGGAACAGGCUGCUGUCGAUGCCUCAGCUGAUACUAACAGCAUCAAAGGUGACCUGGAGGAACAAGAUGAAGAUGAUGGAGUGUGUGUGGUGUCUGCAGGCAGCAGCCAGCUGCUUCAGUACGAGUAUCACAUCCUGCACUCCUGCAGCUACAGCACACCGGUGCUCUACUUCAGAACCUGCACCCAGGAGGGGCGGAGCCUGUCGCUGGAGGAAGUGUGGAGCUCCGUCCAUCCAAACUACAGGCUGCGACUCCAGAGCAGUCCUCUGAACACCAUCACUCUGCAGGAGCACCCUCUGCUGGGUCAGCCUUUCUUCAUGCUCCACCCCUGCAGGACGGAGGAGUUCAUGCGUCCGGUGCUGCAGGCGGCUCAGGACCAGCACAGGUCGGUGAACUACGUGUUGUCGUGGCUCAGUGUGGUGGGUCCUAUGGUGGGGCUGGACGUCCCUCUGAAAUACUCCACCCUGCUGCACCCUGCAGCACCGAGCCCGGCUGAGAUUCUGCCCCCCUGUACGGAGGCUGCAUCAUCAACCUGACAGAUGUCCCACUGACCCUCAAAGGCUGAAGCUGAACGGUGUGUUUGGCAUUAAACUGAAACACAGACGAACUGAAACAGUACUGAGGGCCCUGGGUCCUACGCUCAAUAUGUCUUCCGAUAUUAUGGACCCGACACAUUCUUCAAACAAUAUUUUUUAGGGGAAUAAUAAAUAUAUUGUUAUGGA